ACAUAACCUUAAAAAGCCAUUAGUCAACAAAGUACAAAAAAAACAAACAUAUUUUGUGGAUUAGUGCAAGAGUUCAACAAUUUUUCAAAAUGGGAAAACGACAACACCAAAAAGACAAAAUGUACAUAACGUACACCGAAUGGUCCACAUUGUACGGAGGCAAAAAAAUGGGCCAUGGACCCAAAGACGAGAACUUCAGAAGGCUACCCUUCGACCAUUGCUGCUUGUCCCUGCAGCCCUACGAAAUCCCCUACAGCGAUCUGGACGGGAACAUAUUCGAUUUACCAGCGCUCAUACCUUACUUGAAAAAAUUCAAAACCAAUCCGGUAACCGGCAAACCAUUGGAUUUCAAAUCACUGAUUCAACUCAAGUUCACCAGGAAAAGCGAAGGGGAAUUCGAGUGCCCCGUGCUAUUCAAACCUUUCACCAACAGCUCGCACAUCGUAGCUAUCGCAACCAGCGGAAACGUAUUCCUCAUGGAAGCAGUCGAGCAAUUGAACAUCAAAAACAAAAACUGGAAGGAUUUAAUUACUGACGAACCCUUCGAGAGGAAAGACAUCAUCACUUUGCAGGAUCCCCACAACUUGGGGAAGUUUGAUAUUUCGAAAUUCCACCAUGUUAAAAACAAUCACAGAGUUGAAACCGAAGAGGAACUCGCUGAUAAAUCGAACCCACAGGCUCGGCUAAAGUCUAUUAACCCCGAAACUAAAUACACUCUAGAUGAAUUGAACAAGGAAUACAAGAGCCCCACGAUCGAAAUCAACAAAAAGGAAAGUACGGAAAAAGCUGAUAAAUUUAACGCAGCCCAUUAUUCCACCGGAGCUGUGGCUGCGGGCUUUACCUCCACCGUUAUGGCCCCUACGCUCGAACACGAAGCUGCUAUAAUCCACGAAGACGAAGUCAGAUACGAAAGAGUCAAGAAAAAAGGUUACGUUCGGUUGGUUACCAACAUGGGAAACUUAAACCUGGAAUUACAUUGCGAUAUAGUUCCCAAAACGUGCGAAAACUUCAUGAAACAUUGCGAAAAUGGGUAUUACAAUGGCACAAAAUUCCAUAGAUCAAUCAGAAAUUUUAUGAUUCAAGGAGGUGAUCCUACUAAUACGGGAAAUGGUGGUAAAUCGAUUUGGGGUAAUAAAUUCGAAGACGAAUUCAGGCCGAACUUGACUCACACGGGACGAGGGAUAUUAUCUAUGGCGAAUUCGGGGAAACAUACUAACGGAUCUCAGUUCUUUAUUACAUACAGGUCUUGCAAGCAUUUAGAUAACAAACAUACGGUAUUUGGAAAAGUGGUAGGGGGAAUUGAGACUUUGAAUGAAUUCGAAAAAAUCGAAGUCGAUAAUAAGGAUAAGCCCAUUGAAGAUAUUGUACUAAUUAAAGCUCAGAUAUUUGUUAAUCCGUACGAUGAAGCAGAUGAACUGUUGGCGAAAGAAAGGCAAGAUGAAUUAGAGAGAAUCAAGCAGGAGGAAUUGAAGAUUACUGCUAAAAAGAACGCCCAAAAAGAAUUGAAGGUUUUUAGAAAAGGCGUUGGGAAAUAUAUUAAUCCUGGUACAAGUAAAGGGACUAAUCCAGAAGCCUCCGAGUCGGAACCUAGUUCGAAAAAGAUGAAGACGUACAAUACCUUCAAUUUUAAUAAUUGGUAAUAAGUUGUAUUUAAAUAU